AUGCAAAUAGAUACCCGUUUUUCGAAUUUUGAAGAUUUGCAAAUUUUUGACCUCUUUGACGAUUCAAAAUUUAAAAGUUACGCCAAAGAAUUUCCAAGAAAUUUAUUAGACAGGUUAAUUAAAAAUUAUCCAUCAUUCUUUAGUAAAAUAAAAUUAGAAAAUGAAAUAAAAGUUUUAUAUGCUGAUCCAAAUAUUUUCGCAAGAUGGGAUAAGUUACAAGUUAUGUAUAAUUUUAUAUACUAUAAUUCAUUACAACAAACUGUUACCGAAAUUAAUAAAUUAUUGUCAUUAAUUCUCUCAUUACCACCAACGUCUGCCUCAAAUAAACGAGAUUUCCCUUGCGUCAAAAGAAUCAAAACUUAUUGUCGAAAUACCCAGUUUGCUACUUCCAAACAACGUAGACUAUAGUUAAUUUAUAAACAUGUUUAG